AUGUCAUCCCCGUUAAAUUCGCCGUAUAGCAGGUUCAAUCAAGGCUUAAACUACAAUUCCAGACUGUCAAAUCAAUUAGUGUAUGGCGAAUCAUCUUCACUCAAUGGGUCAGUUGAUUCUAAUGUACUACGGGUGAAUCUGGGGAGUAAUUCCAAUCCCAACGAUUUUAUUACAUACAUAAUACCUGAUUUUGAUGCUGUAACGUAUUUUCAAAAAGAUUUUCAAGCACUAAAUGAAUUUCAUCUAUGCGAAGAAUCAGAAGCGUCUGGGUUUGAAAUAUACCUCGUGGAGCAGUGGAUGAAUGAUCGUAAUAUUAGUUCUGUUGUCACUACUUUCACAGGUAACGAAUCGUCAAAAAUAUCAGUCGUUAGGUUUACAAUACUAAAAAAACCAGCAAAGUAUUACCCUUUAAGAUUUCAAGAGUAUUUAAAUGAAUUGAUACAGAAUCACUCUAGAAUGAAAAGAAUAGAGAAAGAAAAACCCACUUAUCAGCACAGUCGAACCAACAGCAACAGUGAAAUGUUGACUCUAUCAAAACUAUCAACAACACUGAUUCCAAAGAGAGAAAGCUCCAGCGACUACACCAGCGAGGUAUGUUUUGUUGCAAAUUUAACUUCGUUGCCAUCCAAUUUGAACCUUAUUCCUGUACCAGGAGGGGACUCGCGUAAAGUGAGCACAGCAUUUAUGAUAAAUUCUAAUUUGAAAAAAUUGCAAUGUACUGGUAGAUCGGUUUCGAUGAUUACCAGUAAAAUAUCAGAUGCAUCCGAUGAUAAAUUUCGACAAAUGUACAAAAUACAAAGCACCAAAGUGCCAAUAGUUUUUGCAGCGAAAGAAUUGGUAAAUAUUGUCCAAACUUGCUUAUUUUAUUUUGAUUUAUUAGACGCAAAGUAUUGUAAUGGGUUGCUUUGCACGAAAACUGAAGAAGCAAUCACAAAUUGGUGGAACUUGAUUGGGUUGCCACAUUUCAGUGUCAAACCGAACCCUGUUAAUGGGAUUUUACCGUCAAGAACGGUGGCAGCUAUAGUUAGUUUGAUACUUAGUGUCAGAAUGAGGAUACAAUUAGUUGGUAGCUCUGAUGUUCCAAAGGACCCAUUUGAUUUUGAAAACUUUAUGAUUGCUAUUGGGCAGUUUCAAAGACAAUAUAAGUUAGACAAAACGAGAAAGCUAGAUAUGGAAACAUUGAACAAGCUAUUCACUGUAACAAACGCCAGGUUGUUGCCACAAAAGAACACUAAUUAUUUUUAUUCUCAAGUAUCUACAGGGUCUGAUCUCGAUCCCCAGAGUUUUGAUAUAAUAUCGCAAUCAGGGAAUCCAAAAGGUUUAGACUCUACCUCGCAGAAGAGAAGAUAUGGGAAAGAGCUUAAAAAGCUAACGAAUGUCAUGAAGUCGUCAGUUCUGGACCGUAUUAACGCUGCUAGUGUUAGAGAUAUAGAUGAUAUGCUGGCCCCAUCCAAGGCAUCAUCUGGAAGGAUAAGGAACAAAAUUGCUAAGUUGGCAGAUACAGUUAGUCCAUUAGACGUGGAAACAUUGGAUUUAGAGUUCUUGGUGAAAAAACAUUUGAAUGGGAAAACGUUGAUUCGCUUGUUUUAUGGAACUCAAAGUAGUAAUACAUUUUUAUCAGUGGAAAAAUCAUCUGAUCCACAAAACAAGGGCCAUCGCCACAACUUGGUAAACACUCAUAAUUCACAUCUUGCGUUUCCAAAAAGACGAGGGAGAACAAUGGUGGAAAAUAGCAGCACAUUGCAGUACAAAUUUGAAAGUUUAAGAGACAAAAUAGCCCAAACUCAAGAGUUAGUAAUGAUCAAUGAUCCUUCAAGGUACUCUCGUGGGCUAAACAGAAUGAAGCUUGGGUUACAAAGCAAAAAGAACCCAUUGACUGGUGGAGAAAAGAACAGUAUGCUAUUAACUCCUGGUGGCAAUUAUUACAGUUCACCGAUGCAGACGGCUUCUUUAGUGGAUUCAUUUUUGCAAAUAAGUAACGACGAUGCCUCGGGUGUUGAAAGUGUAUGUUCAAAACCUAAUUCAAUCAACAGAAGAUGUGUAAACAGCGUAUUUGAUUUCAAGCACCCGUUAGCAAGUUUUAAACAUAAUUUGAAUAGACGAAACUCGUUUCCAUAUUUGGAAAACCAGCAUGAGCAAAACUUGAACACGCUAGUAAUUGCAAAAAAUCAAUCAGGUAUCAACUUUGAAGAAAUAGAUUUAUUGAAGCGAAAGAGAAGUAUUAGUUUUUCCUGUGUUGAAGAUGCCGUGUUGCUGGGAAAAGUACAAGCUAUUGGUUCAAUGACGAAGUUUUCUCAAUCAUUCCUUGAUAGUAUCCGAGUGUUAAUGAAAUAUGAGAGUUUGAAAUCUUACUACCUUGAAGGUGAGAAGAAAGAGAAGCAUGUCACGAAUCAGCAAUUAAAUAAGCUGUAUCAGUUAAUGAAUUUGGAAUUAAUAAAGAUGAAAAAUCUAAGAAACCAAAUGGAUGCACACCAGAGCAGAAUUAUGGAAGGAGGGAUCGAAGAAGAGCUCCAUUACAGUAUGAAAACACUAAAUACCACAAUUGACCGGUUGGUUUAUGAAACAAGAAUUGUUGCCAAAAGAAUUGACGAAUUAGAACAGGAUUUUAAACUAUAUGAAAUGAAAUUGAACGACGAGUGUAAAUCUAAGCUAACGGAAAUCAUAGAUAAAGUACUUCAUCUGAAACAAUUCAAGGAAGUGUUUACUAGCCCUGAAGAGCGAAAGCAGAUUGCUUACAAGUUGACUGGUGAUGAGAAUUAUAUUAAGUUUGACGACGAAAAAGAAUCCAUUGGGCUUUUGAGAAUGAUAGUCAUGUUUUUUUAUGGGAUUAUUCUGUCAAUUUUCCGUUUUUUCCACUUUAAUCGUGAUAACAUGAAUCUCGAGAGAAUAAGACAAGCAUGGGUUAUAUUGGAUCCUAACAGAUCAAUCAUUAAACACGCAUACUCGUAUAUUGGAAGAGAGCCUUCCAAAGACAGUAUUGCAUCAACCGAUUCUAAGUAG